AUGACGCAGUUGUUCCUGGUGACCCUGGUAGGUGUCGUCUCCGCCGCCCCUCAGUUCGAAGUCGACCCUAACGAGCCGCCGACGCCCUAUGACUUUGGGUACGGUGUGUACAUUGAGGAGACGGGUGACGCCAAGGAACACAAGGAGUCCGUCUCCCCGUCAGGACGGACCGAGGGAGAGUACCGCUGGCUACAGCCCAACGGACUCUUCAGGGUGGUCCGAUACUAUGUGGAUGGCGACUCAGGUUUUCAAGCCCAAGUGAGUGAAGAACCCGGCCCGGACGUCGUCAAUUACUAUACCAACUCCCUCAGCCAAGAGACAUCUUCAGGGACAGCCGCAUCUCAGGGCUUGGCUAAGAGCAUUGAUGUUGGCCAAUCUACCCUAGGAAUCGCUGCCAACCUGAUCAGCGCCCGCCAGCCCAGUCGCAGCCGCCCGGCCACUCUCAAACCCGCACAGACAUUCCAAAGUCAACAACAGAGCUUCAGUAGGCAACAGAGCUUCCGAAACCAACAGAGCUUCAACAGCCAACAAGGAUCUUUUGGCAAUGUGAUUGAUGGCGGGAUCAUUGAUGGCGGGAUCAUCGAUGGUGGAAUCAUUGAUGGAGGAAUCAUCGACGGCGGUUUUAUCAAUUAAACAAGUUUUGAAAUUGACUACAGAUGCGACCCUCGCUCCCAAGUAGACAGUACACACGAAUGUUGGAAAUGGUAUUAAAUACCGACAAACUGAAGAUUAAGACACAUGUGUAACAGUUAGGUAUCUUUAUUGAUGAAACAUUUCGACAACACAGUAGACUUCUUUAGUAAAUCCAGAGGGAGCAGUAGUACUGCUCCCUCUGGAUUUAACUGAAGAAGCCUACUGUGUAGGCUAAAUGUUUUAUGAAUAAAGAUACCUAACUGUUGUACCUGUGUCUUAAUCUUCAGUACACAUGAAGCACAGAGAAUACGAGUCGGCAGCCAUCAUUCAUGAAACCCGUGGAUAUGGCAAACAUGGAAAUAAGUAAAUCAAAUCAAGGAACGGGUGGGUCUUGAACCCAUGGCCAGUGAGUCCUAGGACUCACUAGCCAUUUCGUGAGUCAUGAUGGUAAUAAGGUCGCCCUAACUGAAAAAAAAGAGGUCUAAGAUCUACAUCUUCUGUGGAGACGUUUAAGUUAUCUUGCCUCUUGCUUGUCUGGCAACAGAUCAUUGUAGUCAUCUGUAUAGAUUUUGCUUUGUUGAUGCUGAGGAACAACGUCGACAGUGGAUGACUUGUUACCAUUAGUUUUAGCUCGGUGGACUCAAAUAGAAUCCUUGUUGAUACAGUUAUAAACUCGAGUUGAAGUUCAGGUUUGACUGAAAUUUCUGAACUUGUUUGAAGCCGACUCAUAUUCACAGUAUUUCAUUAAUAUAUAUA